AUGUCAGCCGAGGUGCGGCUGAGACGGCUCCAGCAGCUGGUGCUGGACCCUGGCUUCCUGGGGCUGGAGCCCCUGCUCGACCUUCUCCUGGGCGUCCACCAGGAGCUGGGUGCCUCCGACCUGGCCCAGGACAAGUAUGUGGCCGACUUCUUGCAGUGGGUGGAGCCCAUCGCGGCGAGGCUUAAGGAGGCCCGACUGCAGAGGGGCGACUUCGAGAUUCUGAAGGUGAUCGGACGCGGGGCGUUCAGCGAGGUAGCGGUGGUGAAGAUGAAGCAGACGGGCCAGGUGUAUGCCAUGAAGAUCAUGAAUAAAUGGGACAUGCUGAAGAGAGGCGAGGUGUCGUGCUUCCGGGAAGAGAGGGAUGUGUUGGUGAACGGGGACCGGCGCUGGAUCACGGAGCUGCACUUCGCCUUCCAGGAUGAAAACUACUUGUACCUGGUCAUGGAGUACUACGUGGGCGGGGACCUGCUAACGCUGCUGAGCAAGUUUGGGGAGCGGAUCCCGGCCGAAAUGGCGCGCUUCUAUCUGGCCGAGAUUGUCAUGGCCAUAGACUCAGUGCACCGGCUGGGCUAUGUACACAGGGACAUCAAACCCGACAACAUCCUACUGGACCGCUGCGGCCACAUCCGUUUGGCCGACUUCGGCUCCUGCCUGAAGCUGCGGGCGGAUGGAACGGUGCGGUCGCUGGUGGCUGUGGGCACCCCGGACUACUUGUCCCCCGAGAUCCUGCAGGCCGUGGGCGGCGGGCCCGGGAUGGGCAGCUAUGGGCCCGAGUGUGACUGGUGGGCGCUGGGAGUGUUCGCCUAUGAAAUGUUCUACGGGCAGACGCCCUUCUACGCCGACUCCACGGCUGAGACCUAUGGCAAGAUCGUGCACUACAAGGAGCACCUGUCUCUACCGCUGGCCGAUGCGGAGGUCCCUGAGGAGGCUCGAGACCUCAUCCAGCAGCUGCUGUGUCCCCCUGAGACGCGGCUGGGCCGGGACGGAGCAGGUGAUUUCCAGAAUCAUCCUUUUUUCUUUGGCCUUGACUGGGACGGUCUCCGAGACAGCGUGCCCCCUUUUACGCCGGAUUUUGAGGGUGCCACUGACACGUGCAACUUCGAUGUGGUGGAAGACGGGCUCACUGCCAUGGUGAGCGGGGGCGGGGAGACGCUGUCGGACAUGCAGGAAGGCCUGCCACUGGGGGUCCACCUGCCGUUUGUGGGCUACUCCUACUCCUGCAUGGCCCUCAGGGACGAGGAGCCCCCAGGCCCCACAGCCAUGGAACUGGAGGCCGAGCCACUGCCUGAGCCACCUGUGCGAGCACCCAGCCCGGGGCCCCCCAUGCCCCCGCCGCCCCCACCGGAGCAAACAGCUGCAGCGGCGGUUCCGGAGGCCACUCCGGCCUCGGCGGAGGCCCAGGAGGCCCAGGUGACGCUGCGGGAGCUCCAGGAGGCCCUGGAGGAGGAGGUGCUCACACGGCAGAGCCUGAGCCGGGAGCUGGAGGCCAUCCGCACAGCUAACCAGAUCUUUGCCAGUCAGCUCCGUGAGGCCGAGGCACGGAACCGAGACCUGGAGGCGCACGUCCGGCAGCUGCAGGAGCGGAUGGAGCUGCUGCAGGCCGGGGGAGACGCAGCUGUCACGGGGGUCCCCAGUCCCCGGGCCACGGAUCCACCUUCCCAUCUAGAUGGCCCCCCGGCCGUGGCUCUGGGCCAAUGCCCGCUGGUGGGGCCAGGCCCCAUGCACCGCCGCCACCUGCUGCUCCCUGCCAGGGUCCCUAAGCCUGACCUAUCGGAGGCGCGUUCCCGGCUCCUGUUCGCCGUUGCUCUGGCUGCUGCCGCCGCCUUGGGCUGCACUGGGUUGGUGGCCUGCGCCGACCAUCUCGCCCCGGCCUGGCGCCACCCAGGAGCCGCCUUCUCCCCCUGAACCCUAGAAGCCCAAGCCGGAGGGUUGGGUGACCUGGGCACCACCCAGAAGCCACUCCCACCGCCUCCUCGUUCACACCGCUCCAAGCGUGGGUCUCCGCCCCAGCUCCAGCCCUGUGAUCCGGGCCCGCCCCCUGGCGGCCGGGGAGGGAAGAGCCGGCCCCGCGGUCAGAGCACGGGGCUCCUGGAAGGCUUGUAACCGGGAAUGCUGCAGCUGCUGCCGGGGGGAAUCGCAGACCACUUCCUUCCUGCGGCCUGGCUGAGGCCCCGACAUGCAUGGGCAAACUGCGAUCUAGAGAAGGCAGCAGGGCCAGGGCUCGGCCAUCAGUUUUUCACCCUCCCCGCCUCCCCACCCCCACCCCGCCCCCAUCGGCUCGCAGACCACAAAUCCUUGUGCAUGAGGCCCUGCUAUCCCGGGAAAGUUCUCUUCCCGCGGCGAACGUCUAGUGCGAGCUCCGCCCGCUCUCUCGGGAACCUUAUGCUUUUGCCAGCCCCGCUUUUUCGGGGACUCCCGCGCCCUCCUCACGUAAGCUGCUCUCGGAGCCACCGCAGGCUCCGCCCGCCUCCGCGUUUGGGUAUUUAUUGACCUGUCCUCCGACCCGCUGACAGGCGCCAGGACCCCAGCUCCCUAAUCCACGUUUUGGAUGCACUGAGACCCCGACAUUCCUCAGUAUUUAUUGUCUCUCCCCACCUAGGACCCCACCCCCGAUCCUCGCGAAUAAAAGGCCCUCCCGUCUGCCAAAA